AUGAGUGAGGCCGCGGCCCUUGAACCGCACUGGGGAUAUGCCGAUCGAGCAGUGCCUUGUACCAACGACAAAGGGUCGUGCGAGUAUCUGGAUGUCGUCUAUCACUCCCAUGACCUAGGUAUUUGGUAUUCAGGCAUCUUCUGGGCAACGGUGGGCGGCAUAAUAUUCCUCUGGGGGAUCGGACGACGGUUGCUUCCGUCUCCCCAGGCGGACGAGCAGGUCCCUCUGCAGUCAGGAGAGCAAGCUAAGAUCGGACAGAGUGCUGUUCAACGAUGGAAGCAUACUGUCUCGUCAUACGCGCGGCAACAUCUCCUACCCGACUCCUUUCGACCCAUAUUUGGUCGGACCACCCGCCUCCAAGUCGUCAUUUUACUGACCCUGACGGGCUAUUUGACCAUCUGGUCUUUCGUGGGCAUAGUUUACAACACGUGGAUCACGCCCGUCAAGACGAUGCCAGGAGUGAACAACACUCGUACCAGCCUUGGACCCUGGUCAGAUCGUAUAGGCAUCCUGGCAUACGCGCUGACGCCUCUCUCGGUCCUCCUGUCCCAGCGCGAGUCUCUCCUCUCACUAAUAACAGGGGUACCCUACCAGAGCUUCAACUUCCUACACCGAUGGCUCGGAUACAUCAUUUUCGCUCAGUCCUCUCUCCACACAAUCGCCUGGUGCGUCAUCGAAAUGCGUCUGUAUCAGCCCCAGCCCAGCGUCGGGAUCAUGUGGAUCAAGCAGUUGUACAUGAUAUGGGGCGUGAUCGCCAUGUUCUUUCUCCUGCUGCUAUUCCUCCUCAGCACCCCCUGGGCAAUCCGCAGGUUCGGAUACGAGUUCUUCCGUAAAGCGCACUAUGUUCUUGCCAUGCUCUACAUCGGCGCGUGCUGGGGUCACUGGGCACAGUUGAAUUGCUUUCUUCUGCCCGCGCUCCUCCUCUGGUUCAUCGAUCGUGGCAUCCGUCUGGCACGCACUGGCCUGAUUCACUAUAACUAUAUCUCAGGGAGCGCCAUGGGGUUCCGGAGCGCCCAAGCAUCCAUCACGCAUUUCCCAGACGCAGAAAACGGUGACGUGGUCAGACUGGACUUCGUACAUCCCCAGCAGCCCUGGGCGGUCGGUGAUCAUUUCUACCUAUGCUUUCCGCAAGUCACUCUCUGGCAAUCUCAUCCUUUCACGCCGUUGAGCCUGCCAGGAACGAGAACGGAUGGACAGCAGCAGCACUCGUACAUCUUGCGAGCCAAGAAAGGCGCGACCAGGGUUCUUGCUGACAUCGCCGCAGUUUCUUGCGCUUCUGAUGCGAAAGAGAAGAGAUCUGAGAGUACCGCAGCACCCACGACACCUGUGAUUCUGUCAGGGCCUUACGGCGGGUCAACCGUGAAUGAUGUUCUGCCCCAGACCAAUGUCUUAUGCAUCGCAGGCGGCACUGGAAUCACAUUCGUCAUUCCAGUUCUUCUCAACUUCAUCUAUCAGCAACGUGGUCCCGACCGGAAAGUCGAGCUCAUCUGGGCUGUGCGACGGGACAGCGAUUUGGCGUGGAUCGGUCAAGAGCUUGAAGUCCUGCGCCGUGCUAGCGGCGUGAUCAACCUCAGCGUGCGGAUUUUUGUGACCCGCGAAAACGACCAGGACGAUGUGCAUCUCGCAAGCCACAGCUCUGAAUCCAAGAAACUAUCCGUGGACGAAAAGUUGGCGAUCUCGUCUGCUUCGUCGUCUUCCGAGGAAGAUCACAAGGCUGAGAGGUCGGGGUCGGGGCCAUUUUCAGUGCAGCACGCCAGGUCUGUUGAGGGGAGCGCCAGUUCGCGGCAUCCUGAUCUUGGAGGCCUUGUGCAGCAGUUUGUAAACUCAACGGUGCGAGGAUCGACUACUGUGUUCGCCAGUGGUCCUGGAGGCAUGAUUUCAGACCUGCGCGCGAUCGUUGCCAACGCCAAUUCAGGCGACAAGGUCUGGAAGGGUAUGGAGAGAUACAAUGUCAGGCUUGUGUGUGAUGACCGAUUAGAAUGGUAA